UCUAACCUCACAAUUCUAUAUAAAAUACAGUGUGUUACCGUUGCAUGGCGUUUUGUUAAAACUGCAGCAUUUAAUGAUAAAAAAUUAACCCAUUUAUAAACGUGCCAAAACCGUUGCCUAAACAGUUGCUAUCUCUGGUUGGAUAGCAUUUGUUAUAGUGGCUGCGCUUUGUUAUUUAGUGUUAUUUAUUUCGCUUUAUAUAAUCAAAGUUAAUAGUUUUUCUAUUAUUUAAAAGAAAAUUGUGUGUGUGUGUGGGAAAAUUCAUUUUCAUUUUGUUUGUUGAAAAAAUGUGUAGAUUAUAAUUUUAACCAAUGUGAAAAUCCAUGAACAACGCUACAGUCAUUGUAACACGUUGACUUAUAUAUUUUUAACUGGGUUGUGAGAAAUGAUAUCUGACCGAUAUUAUGUAAAAUGCGGAAGUUUUGAAAAUAUCAAUAGAGUAUUUAUCAACAUUUGCACGCACGAUAAUAAAUUUUUAAAAUACAUCAAUAACAGAUAACUCAAAUCAACAUAAUAUCAAUAUUCAAAUACAUUCAGAAAAUACCACGGCCUAAAUAAGAAGUAUCGUCAAAAAUAAAAUGGUGUUUGAAUGGGCAUACUCUGGUGUAAAUAAAACAGUUCCAAGAAAUGCAGGCGCUGAUUGUGCCGAUUUUAUGGAUCCAACAACUAGAAAAAUUGAAACUGUGAUAGUAAUAAUUACUGCAUUGAUUAUGACAAUUUGGGGAUACAUGAAUAUCUCCUUGGAAAGUCGAUAUGAUGAUAACACAAAUUGGAAAAAAGAUACACAACAUUCCAGUAUUAAUGUAAAGGAUCCAGACGGGGGUGGAGGUGGAAGCAAUUAUAAUAAUCAACAUAAUAAUUAUAAUAUUCGACGCAAUCGUAAUAAUACAUAUUAUAGUAAAAAUAUGUCAACAAAAAAAGCCCUUUUAAUGUUAAUGUCAUUAAUAUGGGGCAUGGAAAUUGGAUACAAAUUUUCAUCAAGAACUGUGAUAUACUUAUUAAAUCCCUGUCAUGUUACAACGGCAAUACAAAUAUACUUAUUGGCUGCCGCACCUAGUGAUUUAGUAACUGCUGUAUUCAGAGUCCAUAUGAAUUUCUUAAAUGGUCCUUUAUUGGCAUUUUUGUUUCCAGAAACGGACACCAGAAUUUUACCGUUGGAGGCUGCCAUAUAUUGGAUUCAACAUGGAAUGAUGAUUGUUGUGCCUUAUUAUUUAUUACGAUUAGGGGGUGUGUAUCAUAUGGAAAAAUUAUCAGAUCUUUCAUGGAAUAUUUUUGGUUUUGGUAUGAAUGCCCUGUACCAUAUUUGUGUUUUACAAGCAAUAGCAAUUCCUACUCAAGUAAAUCUUAAUCAUAUGUUAUGUCCGGCCAUUUUGGAUCCAUUUAGUGGGCCACAUUAUAGAAAAAUGGGUUUUAUACAUCAAGCCAUUUUGUGCCCAGUAUUGUGUAAAUUAUUUUGUGUGGUAUCAUACAAAUUAAAUCAGCCAAGGAAGAAACAAUUCAAAUUGGAUAAAAAUCAUCAACAACAACAAAACAGAAUAUCAACAUUUCCUAUCAAUUCAACGGAAGAAAGUUUAAAUGGUCAUUCUCACGUAGAGUAGCAUUAAUUCAAAAUAGAAUUCAUGAAAUUUUCUCUCUUUCUCUGCAAUUUCAUUUUUUGCUAUAUAUAUUAUUAUUUUACAUAUUCUGCAAAUACUUACAAUACCAAAUAAGGCUUUGCCCAAUCGUAAUAGACAUAUUUAGAGAGUGUUUGACAGACAAUAUUAGUAUUCAUGCCAACCACGUCAUUAGUCAAAAACACACUUUUUUCUCUCUCAAAUAUUUACGAUUUUUUCAGUUUUUUUGUUAUUGUUUUCUAAAAUAAAUAAAAAAUGAUGGUUGUUAUUGACAUUUGAACUCGAAUGUCUAAUAUGGUUGGACAAUAAUUGCAAAUGCCUAAGAAUUAUAUUUAAGUGUUUUAAAUCCAAUUCUUAUUUAUUUUUGAGGAAAGAAUGAAUGUUCCCAACA